GGCGUAGAGGCCUUCGUUCUCUGCGGCCCCUACGCUUUUGGCGUAAAACGUUUCUUUGCCUACCCUGGCCUGGUUGGGGCUGGUGGGGGAAGAGGCUUAAAGAGACAACAGCCGGGAGAAGAGGGCGAGAAACAGCAAUAACAACGAAAUCGGAGAGAAGCGAUCCCUUCCGUCCCCGCUCCCCCCCCCAAAAUGAGGAGGUCGGUGGUGGAGAGGGGGGCUGCACCCCAAUGGUGAACACCCUGGAGGAGCUGGAAGCCAAGGGAUUUAAGCUGGAAGGAACAUUUCUGCAAAAUGUCUUCUCUACCAAAGAGCGGUCCAAAGGGGACGGAGAUGAGAGUCACAACAGGACCAUUCAAACCACUGACAUUUCAGUAGCCAGGAGUUUGUGGGUGACUUCUCUUCCUUCGCCCCAGCCGACUCCUCCAUCUCACACUGGGAUGGUGUACUGAUCCCCAAAGAGCCACACUUUGCCCUCAAGUUUCGGCGGAUCUGGGUUUUGUAUGGCAGCGGCGUAACCGUGGAGAGGCCGGGGUAUCACAAACUUAUGGAUUUUGAUAAGAGAGGAGGGAAAGGGGAGCCGGAAGAAGGCAAAAGAAUGUCCAAGACAGGUGGGGGAAGGAGCACCCAUGGCACUCGAAGUUCAGGGACCAACUCGGGGGUCUUAAUGGUGGGCCCCAACUUCCGAGUUGGAAAGAAGAUUGGAUGUGGCAAUUUCGGGGAACUCCGAUUAGGAAAAAAUCUCUAUACAAAUGAAUACGUAGCUAUCAAAUUGGAACCUAUAAAAUCCAGAGCCCCACAGCUUCAUUUGGAGUAUCGGUUUUAUAAACAGCUUGGCAAUGCAGUGAUAGGAUCUGCUGCAGGAGCCCGCAAAGCUGGAAGUGACCCCCUCCUGCUCUUGCCUCUUUCAGAAGGGAUUCCUCAGGUUUACUAUUUUGGCCCGUGUGGGAAAUACAACGCAAUGGUGCUGGAGCUGCUGGGCCCCAGCCUGGAAGACCUGUUUGACUUGUGCGAUCGGACAUUUACACUGAAAACUGUGUUGAUGAUUGCAAUCCAAUUGAUCACACGGAUGGAAUACGUUCACACCAAAAGCUUGAUCUAUCGGGAUGUGAAGCCAGAGAACUUCCUGGUGGGGCGGCCAGGGAGCAAGCGUCAACACACCAUCCAUAUCAUCGACUUUGGCCUGGCCAAAGAGUACAUUGACCCAGAGACCAAAAAGCACAUCCCAUACCGAGAGCACAAGAGCCUGACAGGGACAGCACGAUACAUGAGCAUCAACACACAUCUUGGGAAAGAACAAAGCCGCAGAGAUGACCUGGAAGCACUAGGGCACAUGUUUAUGUACUUUCUCCGAGGGAGUCUCCCGUGGCAGGGUCUUAAGGCAGACACACUAAAGGAAAGGUACCAGAAGAUUGGAGACACCAAAAGAGCCACACCAGUGGAAGUCCUCUGUGAAAACUUCCCAGAGGAAAUGGCGACAUACCUGCGCUACGUGCGGCGGCUAGAUUUCUUCGAGAAGCCCGAUUAUGACUACUUGCGGAAGCUCUUUACGGACCUCUUCGACCGCAAUGGAUUUGUGUUUGAUUAUGAAUACGACUGGGCUGGAAAGCCGUUGCCGACUCCAAUUGGCACAAUUCACAAUGACGUCCCUGUACAGCCACCCAACCGGGACAAAACACAGCCACACACCAAACAUCAGGUGAUGAGUUCUACCAAUGGUGAGCUGAACACAGACGACCCUACUGCCGGCCACUCCAAUGCGCCCAUCACAGCCCCAGCAGAGGUGGAAGUGGCCGACGAUACGAAGUGCUGCUGUUUCUUCAAGAGGCGGAAGAGGAAAAGCAUCCAACGUCACAAGUAAGCCCUGAAGGAGGAGGAAGAGGAGAUGGGCUCAGUCCGAGCUCCUUCAUCUCUGUAACUUUCUGGCCACGAAGGGAUCUGUGUCCCCCACUGCAUUCCCAAAUGACACUCUACCGUGGGGAGGUGGGAAAGGACCAGAUGUGCCCCAGUGGGCGCUGGGGGUGGUUCUGAACCGGCUCCGACUUCCCUCUCCAAACAGCGUGGUUGUUUACUCCAAGUAAGACUUUUUUGCAAAAAUUUCUACAUCCGUGUCUCAUACAGUUCCACACAAAAAGCAUUAACUAUUUUUAAAAAAAGGAAAGACCUAAACAAGGCUCCUACACCCCGGCAACGUACAUUUCUUUUCUGAUCUAACUAGUGUGAAAAUGGGGUUCGAAUAAUCGGACUUUAAAUGUUGCAUUCUUAGCUGAAGCUGCGGACAAAAUGGCAGCCAAGGUGGGAGCCACAGAAUUUUCUAUUGUUUGAAAUUGUUUUAAAUCAAAGGUAGCAGUGUCAGAUUUCACUUUCACCUCUUGCAACCUUUUGCUUCUUCCAAGGGACAGCUGGUUUGCAGAAUGGUUCAUUCUCACUCCAAGGGGCUAAAAGAGAGCUGUGUAGGCUUGUCGAACACCCCUAUCCCCUUUCGCUCGCCUCCCACCAAUCCUGGGCAUCGGUGCAUCUCUGCUAGCAGUGUCCACGAGGUGGGGGUCACCAGGUUUCCCAUGUUCAGAGGGAGCAUAGAAAGGGGCAAGGGGUCCGUGAGUGGGGUUGGGAAAGCAGACCGACACCAGUGAGAUUCACCCCACCUCUGGCCAGACAAGAGAAUUAACCUAAGAGACUGGGGAUGUGGGGAGUUCUGUCCAGGCUGGGUAAUUAGGCCUCAUGAGCCCUGCUGGCCCCAGGAUGAGGGCUGCCUUGCCUAGAGCUUUCCCUAAGUUCUGUGGGCAAAGCAGCCCAUUUUAUCAGGAUGUCCAUCAGGACAAGGUUUAAGGGAUGGGAAUAUGACACUAGCCUGUAUGGCCUGACCCUCUUAAAACUCUGCCUCCAGCCCCAUGCGAUAGAAGCACCCCUGCUCUGAAACCACAAAUGUAAGUAGCCUAGGGUCAACAACUAACAGGCCAGCACCGGCCCUGCCUCUGUCCCAACACCACAGACUUAAAAGUGGUGGGUGACUCCCCCCCACCCCCCGGCCCCAAAGCCAGGGUCUGUUUCUCAGUGCUUCCAAACAGUAUCAGAGAGGCACAGAGUAGUUGCUCACUCCCAGCUUGCUGUGGGUAUGGCUUCAUGGUGAAGCCUAGUUCAAUGCACUGUGCCUCCUCCCUGUUCCUCCUAGGUCCCCUCAGCAUCCCAGAGCCUGUGGGCACCCUGCUCUCUCAUCAGCUCAAAAUACAUUGCCUCCUCCCCUUCACACACACCCCCACCCCCCUUCCUGGCCUGCCACAGAAUGGAGAACUCUUUGCUGAAUUCUACUGACUAUUUCGUGACUCAGACAUCUCCCAGCCCAUAAAAAAGAAAGGGGAAAAAAAAUCGCCUUAAAACCAAUCCAGAUCAUUUUCUCUCAGUCCCUGAAGGUGUAAGAUAGAGAGAGAGAGUGUGUGUGUGUGUGUGUGUGUG